AUGGGUGAUGCAGCCGUUGAUCCAGCUAUUAUCAGACAAACUCAAGAAACAUUAGGACAAAUAAUAAAUGCACCUGCUUUAACGGAUAAGUUGUUGAGUCGACCUCCGGUGCAAUUUCUUCAAGAUAUCGUCAAAUCGGUAGUAAAGAAAACCAGAUUUUUAAAUGGCUUAUAUACGGAUGAAGAGCUCUCACCCGGCUAUCUCAAAGACAAAGAGAAGCGUGAGAACAAAACAUUAUUCAUGAAAAAAUUGGUCACUGCUGUGUCCAUAGCUCUGAAUGAACCUCCCGUAGUUCGUGUUUCAAAAAUUCUCAGUGGACACGAAGCGGAUAAAACAAAUUUACUUUUACAAGCGUUAGCCAAAGCAGUUACUGCUCGAGUUGACAGUGAUGAAGUAGUAAAACGUACAUUGAACAGUCUCAAAGAGAGUACAAACGAUGAAAAACCAGAAAAAUCUCGGCACGAAGAACAUGAGAAUGAACCGGACAGAAGUCAAGAACGACAAGAGUCAAGAGGUCAAGAACGAGACCAAGAGAAAAAGUCCGAUAGAGAGCAUAAAAAAGAACGUGACCGAGAACAGCAUCAAGAUGGAAAACGUGAUAGAGGCGAUCGUAUUCGUAGUUCCAAAGGAGAACGUUCACAUAGAUCCACAGAAAAAGAAGCUGAACAUACAUUAGAGCGAAAAUCAUCGAAAGAAGACCGUGAACAACCAAGAAAAGAUACUGAACGUGAUCGACACGAAACCAAACGAGAAAUAAGUAAAGAGAAUGCUGAAGAUAGCAGCCAAAAACGACGACGAAGCCGUGUUAAUGAUGACAUAGCAAAUGGAGAUGAUAGUGCCAGACGUUCUUCUGUUCAGGAUGAUGAUGAAGACAAAAGAGAUGAAGAUGAAUCUAAUCGCCGUCGAACGAGACCAGCAUCAGCUAAAGGCCCACGUAAACAACAAGUUACAGUAGACACAAAGAAAGAUACUGAAGCCAAACCGGUACCAUUAACCUCAACUGACAAAACAUCUACAGAAAAAUUUACUGAAGAAAGACCAAUGACACGACCUGGCACAGCGCGCGCAGCAACCAGUCGCAAACCAAUGAAAACAAAUGCAUCAGACGAAAUUACUGGUGGAUCAGGAAGAGUUGCCAGUGCUCACCGUGGACAAGGAACAUUAAUUGUUGAAACGAAAAAGAAUGAUAAUGAUGAUGAUGAUGAUGAUAAUGAUAAUUUAGACGAUGAAAAUUUUCUUAUACAAGAAGAAAAACCCACAGGUGGUGAUCGAUUAUCAAAAUCUUUUAAGCAAGAUGAUGACGAAAAGAGAACUGAUGAAGACGGUGAUCAACAUGGUGCAUUAGUGAAAAAAAUGAUUGAAUCAAAACAACAGUUAAAAGAUGGCAGUGAAAUAUCAGCACAAAAAACCGAUGUUAAAACAAUUACUCAGACAGAUGCUCAACGCAGACGUGAACGUGAAAAGAUUCAAAAAGAUGUUGAUAAACUUCGAGAGACGAUACAAUCGUUAACGAAAAGUGUUGUACCGUUAGGUAAAAUGCUUGAAUAUUUACAAGAAGAUUAUGAAAUGAUGGCAAAAGAAUUACAAACCCAUACAGAUGAUUAUAAGAAGACGAUUGCUGAACUUCGAAAAGAGAGAUUUGCUACUGAACAAAGUUUAGAACCAUUAAAAACAGCCAUGAUCGAUUUUGAUGAUCAAAUAGCAGAUAUGAAAAAUCGAAUUGUAUUUAUGAAGAAGAAACUUGUGACAAAUGAAAAGAAAAAUGCUGCAAGACUAUUGGAUAUUAUUAAAAAACCAAAAUGA